AUGAAUCUCUUUGACAUUAUUUCUACAUCUUCACGGGUCGCACCAGAUGUUAGGGCGACACUAGACUUUGCUCCAUCAGGAAUGCCAUAUCAUCCUUCGCGGCCCAGCAGCAUCCAUGGAUAUCACCAAACACUACGCGAGACAGCCAACGAUAACAGCAUCCCCUCAGGGGACAUUCUUCCUCACCAACCGUCUCAGGGCAGCUCGUCGGAAACCCUGUCCACACUAGAAUUGAACUUGCCGAAGCUCUCACCAUCCUUUGAUGAUUGA